AUGCGCCACGCAGGAGCCCGGCGCCGGCCCGCGGGAGGCGCAGGUGUGACUCCGCGGCGUGCUCCCGUCUCCCCCGGCCCCGACCCCAUCCUCGUCCCCACCCCAUCCAGCCCCAGGCCGUCGACCCCCGGCCCGCGGAGCCUGCGGCGACCUCGGAGGCCCGCGCCCAUGGCCGCGCCCGCCGCCACCUCCUACGGGCUCUUCUGCAAGGGGCUCUCCCGCACGCUGCUCGCCUUCUUCGAGCUGGCCUGGCAGAUGCGCAUGAACUUCCCCUACUUCUACGUGGCGGGCUCGGUGAUCCUCAACAUCCGCUUGCAGAUCUCAUCGAUGAAGACCCCUCCGCCACGCCACCAGAGGUUGAAAAUCAAAGACAGAGCCCUGAUGAGCAAUUCUGGGGACCCCUUACUGUACUCUUUGAUUAUGAGGAGGAUGAAGAAAAUGAUUUGCAGCAAGGAGCCAAUCAGCCGUUUCCCCUGCUUCCUCCUUGUGGAAACCAACGAGGACCACCCCAACAAGGAAGCCACGAACACAGACCUCACCUUCCUUAUGCUAGAAUCCAGCAAAGAACACCUUGGUUAGGAGACCAUUGGCAGCGACCUCAUGGUCCCCCUCCUGGUAACCAACAGGGACCAGCCCUGUUCAGAGGCCAGCAGUGGCAAACUCAAGGUCCCUGCCCCAGCAACCAACAGGGGCCACCGCCUUUCCAAAGGCAUCGACCACAAGGACCUCCCCAGUGA